AUGGCCAAGAAGCUGGAGGAGCUCAUAGAAGAGACAAAUGGAGCUGAUGAUGAGAAGAUCACUUGUGUUGUUGUUGACCAGGGCAUGGGAAGCGCCCUGGAAAUUGCAGCCAAGAUGGGGAUUCAUCAAGCUUCCUUCUGUCAUAUGGUCAUCACAAAGAUGGCCUUGCUACUAAGCAUUCCCAACCUGAUCAAUGAUGGAAUCAUAAGCAAUGAAGACAUCAUACCUAUAGGCCCACUUUUGGCUAGCAAUCGGCUUGGAAAUUCAAUAGGGAACUUUUGGCCAGAAGAUCCAACUUGUUUGAAAUGGCUGGAUCAGCAGCCACCCUGCUCAAUCAUAUAUGUUGUCUUUGGCAGCCUCACAAUCUUUAACAAGCAACAGUUCCAGGAGUUGGCAAUGGGGCUUGAACUCUCCAACAGACCAUUCUUAUGGAUUGUGCAAUCAUAUAGUACUGACAGCAGAAAUGACGUCUACCCGAAAGGAUUUCUAGAGAGAAUAGGCACUUGA